UGACUGUGAACUGUCACGAUUUGCAUACAGCUGACACUCGCGAAUUGUUCCGUGCUUCCGCUGACGGUUGUGUCCUGGUUUAUAUUUUUACGCUAGAAAUGUUUUUUGAUUGAAAGUUGACAAGGACAUGGCCCUAAAGUUUUUACACAAUUUCAACACAGUUUUACGUAAGUUUCAAAGUCAGCAUUUAGCGCGGGCAACGGCAUUGUGUCCGCGGGAGUUUCAUCAUCGGCAGUACAAACAAAAGCAAGAAGGCCGGUCCCAGUGGGAAAGAGAUUAUUCCCAAAAUGGACAAGGAUUUAGCGAUUAUAAGAUGAAAGUAGUUCCCGGAUUUUUAAUUGGUGCAAUCUGCGGAUACACGUUAAGUCACUAUUCGAUGGACCCAGGAAGGAAUCCAUUCCUAAUUUCGGAAGUGAAGGCGGCAACUACGAAAACUUUGAGCCAUCUUAGGACCAAGUUUAAUUUUAUUGCUGACGUGGUUGAAGUGUCUGCACCUUCAGUCGUUUAUAUCGAAAUAAAGGACACCAGACGGUUCGACUACUACUCGGGGCAGCCUUUCAUGGCGUCGAACGGGUCGGGGUUCAUUGUGGCUUCCGACGGAUUGAUUCUAACCAAUGCCCAUGUCGUCAUCAACAAGCCAAACACUAUUGUGCAGGUGAAACUUAUGGACGGACGCACGUUUCCUGGAGUAGUAGAAGAUGUGGACCAGACUUCCGAUUUGGCUACCGUGCGGAUCCACUGCAAUGAUCUUCCCGCCAUGAAGCUGGGUGAAUCGGCGUCACUGAAAGCCGGCGAGUGGGUUGUCGCACUAGGAAGUCCUCUAGCCCUUAGUAACACCGUCACUGCAGGUGUAGUUAGCUCUACCCAACGCCCGUCCCAAGAACUAGGACUUCGUGGGAGAGACAUCAACUACAUUCAAACGGAUGCAGCUAUCACCUUCGGUAAUUCUGGAGGACCACUGGUCAAUUUAGAUGGCGAAGCGAUUGGAAUAAACAGUAUGAAAGUUACGGCGGGUAUCAGUUUUGCAAUUCCCAUCGACUAUGCUAAGGAGUUUCUUGCAAGAAGCGAAGAGAGGCGAAAAAAGGGUACAACGAGGGACGGAAAGCCGCUGCUGAGAAGAUAUAUGGGGAUCACGAUGCUCACCUUGACCCCGGAUAUUCUACAUGAAUUGAAACAAAGAAGUCAAAGCGUCCCCGAAAAUGUGGAGCACGGAGUUCUGGUAUGGAAGGUUAUUAUUGGGUCGCCGGCGCAUGCUGGCGGUCUUAAUCCCGGUGAUAUAGUCACACAUAUUAACGGCAAAGAGGUGAAAAAUUCAUCAGAUAUUUACGACGCUCUCGCUGAGAAGGGAAAGGUCCUAGACAUGACAGUAUACCGUGGUUUGAAACAGCUAAGGAUCAUUGUGAAGCCUGAUGAAUCUUAAACUUGAGGGGCGUUAGAAGUGUAGGAAAAGAGGUCUCAAGUCUUUGUUGGAUACCUGAAAAACAUAUAUUUCGUUCGUUUGUUUCACUUUUUUCGUUUCUUUGAUAUAAUGUUUUUUACCACAAUACAAAUAUACUUUAGGCGAUUUGAAUAAAGAACAUAUUUUAUUUA